UCUUCAUCUUCUUUGCGACGAGCUUAUCGUUUCCACCAAUGGCUUCUCUUCUCAAUCUCUUCAAAUCAUGUAAACCCUUUACUCCAAUUCGAUUCCCUUACUUUCCAAGGUCUCAUUUCACUUCCCAUCUCAGAAUCCAACAUCCCUUUAGACCCGGAAAGUUAACUCUUUCCCGUCGAUGUUUCACGGCUCUCUCAUCAUCAUCAUCAUCAUCAUCAUCCCAUCCGUCGACAAACCCAACAACGGACGGCGGAGAUUCGAUUUCUGGGGAAAAGGAGCUUUGGUUGCACAACACAAUGAGCCGGAAGAAGGAACUGUUCAAGCCCAAGGUCGAAGGUAAAGUUGGAAUGUACGUUUGCGGCGUUACUGCUUACGAUCUCAGCCACAUUGGACACGCACGCGUCUACGUCACGUUCGAUGUUCUCUUGAGGUACCUUAAGCAUCUAGGAUAUGAAGUGUCUUAUGUUCGAAACUUCACCGAUGUGGAUGACAAGAUAAUCGCCCGAGCGAAUGAAUUAGGGGAAGAUCCAAUCAGUUUGAGCAGACGUUUCUGUGAGGAAUUUAAUCGAGAUAUGGAACAGCUUCAAUGUUUAGAUCCUUCAGUCCAACCACGCGUCUCUGAUCAUAUACCUCAGAUCAUCGACCUGAUCAAGCAGAUUCUUGAUAAUGGCUAUGCCUACAAAGUUGAUGGAGAUGUAUACUUCUCAGUCGACAAGUUUCCAACAUACGGACAAUUGUCUGGGAGAAAAUUAGAAGAUAACCGUGCAGGUGAGAGAGUUGUAGUUGACACAAGGAAGAGACAUCCUGCAGAUUUUGCUCUGUGGAAAGCUGCAAAAGAAGGGGAACCCUUUUGGGAGAGCCCGUGGGGAAGAGGAAGACCUGGUUGGCACAUUGAAUGCAGUGCGAUGAGUGCGGCUUAUCUCGGUUAUAGUUUUGACAUACAUGGUGGAGGAAUGGAUCUUGUGUUCCCUCACCAUGAAAAUGAAAUUGCUCAGAGCUGUGCUGCUUGUGAUAGCAGCAACAUCAGCUAUUGGAUCCAUAAUGGUUUUGUUACUGUUGACUCUGAGAAGAUGUCCAAAUCUUUGGGGAAUUUCUUCACUAUCAGACAGGUUAUAGAUCUUUAUCAUCCUUUAGCUCUGAGACUUUUUCUAAUGGGAACUCAUUAUCGGUCUCCUAUCAAUUACUCUGCUUUCCUCCUCGAGAGUGCUUCUGAACGCAUUUUUUAUAUUUAUCAGACAUUACACGACUGUGAAACCGUUUUACGCGAGAAGGAUUCGACAUUUGACAAUGGUUCGGUUCCUUCAGACACUUUGACAAUCAUCAACACAUUCCGUAGUGAAUUUAUAGCCUCGAUGUCUGAUGAUCUUCACACGCCCGUAACUCUGGCUGCAAUGUCAGAACCAUUGAAAACCAUCAACGAUCUCAUUCACACCCGAAAGGGGAAAAAACAACCAAGAAGAGAAGAGUCACUUAAGGCUCUAGAGACAACAAUCAGAGACGUUCUUGCUUUAUUAGGGCUUAUGCCCACAAGUUACUCAGAGGUUCUUGAGCAGCUAAAAGAGAAGGCGCUAAAGCGCGCUGGACUGAAAGAGGAACAUGUGUUGCAGAGAGUGCAAGAGAGAACAGAGGCAAGGAACAAUAAAGAAUACGAAAGAUCUGAUGCAAUUAGGAAAGAUUUGGCUAAUGUUGGGAUUGCUUUAAUGGAUAGUCCUGAGGGAACAACUUGGAGACCAGCCAUUCCCCUUGCGCUUCAAGAAACUGCAACCAAAAUUUGAGUUUUAAAAAACUUUAUACUAUAGUCUCUACUCUUUUUGUUUUUAGUGGAUUCUAUGUAUUUUUUUGUAUCCAUUUUUGUUGAUUUCGUAAAGUCUAAAGAGUGACAUUGGAUACUUGUUUUAUUCAUUUUUGUGGUGGAAUUAUUCAGCGAUGGCUACUUUCAUUAA